UGGCUGAGCACGUUUCCUCAAAACAGUCUGACAACGGAGGAAGUUAACGCCGAAGAGUAAAUCGGUCGAAAAAAUAGCUUUCUUUCAACCUAAAACCGUGUAAAAAUAACCGAUUUAAACAAAGAUGGCUAAAUUGAUACUUAAAUGGCUACUGGUUUGCAUUUUAUUAACGUCUGAAGUUGUUCUGCCAGCGUUGGGCGACAAACACUCUCUGUAUUACAUCUACACGGCCCUCUCCAAGCCUAUCACUCUGCCCGGGAUCUAUGAGUUUACUGCUCUGGGUCUGCUAGAUGACAGGGAGCUUGAUUACUUCAACAGCCAGAACCAGACUAAGGUUCCUAUGCAGGACUGGAUGAGAGAGAAGAUGCAGGCAGAUUACUGGGACAAAGGCACCCAGUCCCGCAGGAGCAAACAGCAGUGGUUUAAGGUCAAUGUGGACAUUCUGACGAAGCGCAUGAAUCACAGCAAGUCUGACCUUCAUGUUCUGCAAUGGAGGCAUGGCUGUGAGAUUAAAGAAGACUCGGAUGGAAUACAAUUUCUGAAAGGUAUAGAUGAGUACAGCUAUGAUGGCCAAGAGUUCCUCUCCUUCGACAGUUCAAACAGUCGCUGGAUCGCUCCGGUACAAGCUGCUGAACCUACCAAAAGGAAAUGGGAUGAUGUGUCCAUCCUGAACCAGUACACCAAGGGUUACCUGGAGAAAGAGUGUGUGGACUGGCUCACCAAGUUCAUGGAUUAUGGAAAGGAAUCACUGAGAAAACACACUCCACCGGCUGUUUAUGCAUUUGCGAAGAAAUCUGUGACUGACUCCAACAAACUGACCCUGACCUGCCUGGCUACAGGCUUCUACCCUAAAGAUGUGACGAUGAAUGUGAGGAAGUAUCGCACCUCCCUGCCUGAAGAUCUGCUAACGUCUUCAGGAGUCAGACCCAAUGAUGAUGACACCUACCAGCUGAGGAAGAGUGUGGACAUCCUGGAGAGUGAAAAAGCAGAUUAUGACUGUUAUGUCCACCACAGCAGUCUCACAGAACCAGUAAUUACCAAAUGGGAUGGAAAAUGUAAUGACUGUUCAGGAGAGAAAAUCCAGAGUGCUAUUAUUGGAGGAGUGUUUGGAGUUUUGCUCACACUGGCUGUGGUUGGUGUGAUCAUCCAUAUCCUUAAAUGUAGAAUGCUCAAUUGUCCUUCAGGAUAUAAACUCAGCAAUAGCGGUUCUUCCUGAUCAGCAUUGAUCUUAAAUUCCCCUCCUGACUCUGCAGGAUGAAGACACCAUAACACCUGAGGACUUGGGUGAUGAUUUUUAGAGCAUUUUCUGUUUAGUUGAAUGGGUUAUAAAGGCUGUUACUCAAUGUUCAAUGUUUCUUACAUUAGAUCUUUUAAGGCCAGGAGUGCACUGAUUUCAGUUCAGCUUUUUUUGAAUGUACACAACUCUCAGUGGCCCUUAAUCAUCAAAGGGAAAACAGAUCUCACUAUCAGGAAUCUACUGAACACCUGAUUGUGUUGUAUGACACUGAUAGUGAAUGGUGAUUUAAACCCAGAUGAUUAAUCUUUAUUUGUGUGGAAACAAGCACACAUUCACCAGGUCCUUAUGAAUAUGUAUAUUGCUGUCACAGCAAUAUACUAUUGUCUAUAGAUAUUAUAUUUGUGAAUUUAAUCAUUUUAGUUACAUUUGCUAUAUUUCAUUGUGUGUGUAUGUGUACAUUUUCAUCCAGCCUUCUGCAGCAGUGUGUGAAUUUUGAGAAGUAUUCAUUCUGUGUUUUAAAAACACAUUUAAACCAACAAUCUGACCAGAUGUGAGUUUGACUGUACAGACAAAGCAAAGAUGAAGUUGAAGAAUAGGAAAACUCUCUGUGAAAUUUACAGUUAAUGAUCUGACUACACACAGCUUUGAUGAAUAAGGGCCAAUGUCUUUCCUCCACCAACAGUGCCAGAGUCAUCAGUGGCAAAGAGUGUUUUAUAUUUGAUACAUUCCUACUGUAAACCUUUUGUUUGUUGUUCAUUUCAGUGGUUACUUUUUAGUGUUUGUUGCUGAGUGUGAUUUGCAUACUGCAUUACGGAAAUGCAAUAGUUCAUUAUGAAUGGUGACAUCAUAUAAUGCGAGGAGUUAUAGAAGGAUGCGGGUAUGAGUUGCGUUAAACAUAGACAUACGUUUUAUUUCACAUAUAACAUACACAUCGUAACACACAGGCUAAUGGGGUUAAACACCAACACAAACAUGUAAAUGACAGACCUUUAUACAUGUAUGAUAAUGACACAAUGAGGAGCAGGUGUGAGACACAGGGAGGCCGUGGCCACACACACACACACACACACACGAGGAGACGUUUGGGGCACAUCACACCAUGUUACAUGAUGACAUGUUUUGUCCUUUACACCAUUUUCAAGUUUCUGUAUUUAAAUACCAUUUAUGCUUUCAAAAUUUUAAAUGUUUAAACCUCAUUGAAAGAAGAUGUCUAUAGAUAUCAUAUGUGUGAAUUUAAUACAUCUUAUGCAUUUCAUUAUUUGCUGUAGCAGCCAUAUUUAGGUUAUCUUGUAUUAAUGUUUUAUAAAAGGCUUGAAUAACUUUAUGCUGCCCUUCUCUUCUGCUCACUUGCCUGCAAAUAACAACACGUCACUGAACAGUCUGGUGUGGAUUCAUUUCCCGGGUGAUUUUUAUUUGGUUUGUUGUCUAUACGGAUGUUUAAACUGGAUUUUUGGUUGAACUAUUCCUCUAAUAUGAGCUCAGACCUCCAACAUUCUGUAGUAGUGUGUGGUUUUACACUCGGGUCUGGUGCAGUGGAGAGGUUUUUUCUUUUGAAAGUAUUUCAUGAUGCACACAGCUUAUGGUUUGCUCUUGUUGGAUCAUUUCAUUAAUAAAGGUUGUUCGUUAAACUCUC